AAAUGCGGAAGGCUGGACUUUGUGAGGCAGCGAAGUCUCGUUGGGUCUCGCGAGAGUUGCGCCACCUUAUAAGCGUCAGCGCGCGAGCAAGUGGCCCUCUUUCAAUCGGAUUGGAGACAAUAUGUCCCACCGCAAGUUUUCGGCUCCGCGCCACGGCUCCUUGGGCUUCUUGCCCCGCAAGAGGAGUCGCCGUCACCGGGGUAAGGCCAAGAGCUUCCCCAAGGACGAUUCGAACAAGCCUGUCCACUUGACCGCCUUCCUGGGCUACAAGGCCGGAAUGACUCACAUCGUCCGCGAGGUGGACAGACCUGGAUCGAAGGUGAACAAGAAGGAGGUGGUGGAGGCCGUCACCAUCGUGGAGACUCCCCCCAUGAUUGUGGUCGGUGUGGUGGGCUACGUGAGCACCCCCCGCGGCCUGCGCUCUUUCAAGACCGUCUUUGCUGAGCACAUUAGCGAUGAGUGCAAGAGGCGGUUCUACAAGAACUGGUACAAGUCUAAGAAGAAGGCGUUCACCAAGUACAGCAAGAAGUGGCAGGAUGAGGAGGGCAAGAAGCAGCUGGACAAGGACUUUGCCUCCAUGAAGAAGUACUGCCAGAUCAUUCGCAUCAUCGCUCACACGCAGAUGCGUCUGUUGCCCCUGAAGCAGAAAAAGUCUCACCUGAUGGAGGUGCAGCUCAACGGAGGCUCCAUCGCCAACAAGGUGGAUUGGGCCCGUGAGAAGCUGGAGCAGGCCGUGCCCGUUUCCAACGUCUUUACCCAGGACGAGAUGAUCGACGUCAUCGGGGUCACCAAGGGACACGGAUACAAAGGUGUAACCAGCCGUUGGCACACCAAGAAGCUGCCCCGCAAGACCCAUCGUGGUCUGCGCAAGGUGGCCUGCAUCGGUGCCUGGCAUCCUGCCCGCGUGGCCUUCUCUGUGGCCCGCGCUGGUCAGAAGGGGUACCACCACCGUACAGAGAUUAACAAGAAGAUCUACAAGAUCGGUCAGGGCUACCAUCAGAAGGACGGCAAGCUGGUGAAGAACAACGCCUCCACAGAGUACGAUCUGUCCAACAAGAGCAUCAACCCUCUGGGUGGAUUUGUCCACUAUGGAGAAGUCACCAAUGACUUUGUCAUGGUCAAAGGAUGUGUGAUUGGAACCAAGAAGAGAGUCCUCACCCUCCGGAAGUCUCUGCUGGUCCAGACAAAUCGUCGCGCUUUGGAGAAGAUCGACCUGAAGUUCAUCGACACCACCUCAAAGUUCGGCCAUGGACGUUUCCAGACUGUGGAGGAGAAGAAGGCCUUCAUGGGACCCCUCAAGAAGGACCGCCUUAUCAAAGAGGAGACUGCCUAAAGUCUCUCAGCUCUGUUCUGUCUUUGUCUGCAGAGUUAAUAAUAAAAAAGUCCAAAAACA